AUGAGCUCGAUGCGCAGACCUGAACCGCUCCUCCCGUCCUUCACCCUGGUACUGAACCAGGCGCCCUAUCCGCCGCCGCUCAUCUAUGGCUCAUCCCCGUCGGAACGCGUCGGAUAUGUGUCUUAUGCGUCCUCGCAGCAGAUACCACUCCAGGAUCCUUCCCUGCCGACUAUCAACUUCCACGACGAAAAUAUGCCAUUCUUCCCUACUCUGGCAUGGACCGAGCCGCCAGAGCUGGAGAAGGAGACCAUGAACCUCCAAGCUGCACUGCAGCAGGACGGGGGCAUUGAGGAAGCGUCGCAUCUAAAGCGGCUACGAUUUUCCGCCCUGGUCGUCGACCUGGCGCUUAGAGUGAGACGCAGAUGCAUGUCGGUGUUCUCCAGCAAGUCGAAGGCGCGCGCCUGUUAG